UUUGCCACCCUCACCUCUUCCUCCUCCUUCUAUCCUCCACCACCACCACUCAUUCACGCAACACCAGCGUCUCCUCGUCCUGCUACUACUCCUCCUUCUUACCUACCUCAAAAUCCCCUGAUCAUUGUACAAUGUCUACCGAAACCUACUCUUCAUACAGCCCUGCCACUGGCAAUUGCUGGCAUAUCCCUCGAGUCCACGGAUACUCCCCAACUUGACUCCCAGGAAAACUCCAAAUUCGGCUUCGAUCUCAACCUCAUUUCAGUCUGCACUUUGGUCUGCAGUCUCGGCUUCACAAUGCGACCUCUUUCCCGGCUGUCUUACUCUACCUUACCAUCCUGCUGGCCACUACCAACACAUUCCGACUCUGCCGUCUUCUUACCAUCAAAACCUUGCAUUGGCCCCUUGGGUUCCGCUGCAGUGGACAGCCCCUCAGCUGCCGCCCUCAUGCUUAUCCACCCUCCCCUUCGUCUUUGCUGCUUCGAUAUACAAGAUGCCAAUUAUGACAAUCAUGCGAGGAAAGGGUUCAUCUCUCCAAGCCAGCAGCACACCUUCGCUUCGUGUACACCACCCCGUGUAGGUGUAAUCCGCCGUCUGUCGGUUCUGUCUGUUGUUUAA